CUAAAUAUAAAGUCGAAUAAUUUGAUCGCUUCACGCAAAAUCCACCCCUAGUAAACCGCGUUACAGUUCUGAACUUUUCACGGUAGCGGAAGUAGAAUCCUUGAAAAGACUCUGCUGAUCCUUGAAGCUGUCCACAAAUGACUAGAUAUAUUCAAUGUCUGUGAUCUCUGGGAUCAACUAGCUCAAGGGAGGGAGGCUGCAAUUGCUUUCGGAGAAUUGGGGAAAGGUCUUCUGACCUAUGAUUAUGUUACUGGGUACAAGGGCCAAGUUAUAUUGAUUAAGUGUGAAAAAACAGAGAAGAUAAUUGUUCUAUGCUGGACUAUCGCGCUCUUCUAUUUGUCCAAAAUACCAGUCAAAUCUAUUUAAUUUGUUUUAUUGGGACACGUAUCAAGAUCAUGAAUUGUGAAGUUUUUCAACUAAAGGAAUUGGAGGUGGAGCCUUAUCAAAUUCGAGAAGUUUUGCGAUGUAUACUACACACGAUUGUAUUUCAUAGAGCUCUCGGCGUGGUUCGGCCUAAGGAUGUUGAUUUAGAUCUCUUUGAAAUAACAUAUGUGCAAUGUGGAGAUUCUGAACUUGAAAAGAAAAUUGAGGAGAAGAUUGAUCAAUUUGUAAGCUGGGUAGAAAAGCAUCCAAAUAAGAAGAGCCAGAUAUGCCUAUCCUUUUAUGAGAUUAGAAACAAAUCGACAGGGUGGUUUGGUAAUAGAGCUGAGCGCUUUUACUGGGAACAAUGGUAUAUUACUAUGAAUGUUAUAACAUCAAAGGCAGCUAGCAGUAAAUCUCAUCAUGGGAAGGCCAUAGCUGUAGAAGAGGUCACAAUGGAAGAUGGAAAUCCCCGCCAUGCUGCUUUGGAGUUGGCUCUAAGGGAUGUUUUAUUUCAAAUAAUACAAUAUGUCAAUGAGAAGAAGGACCACAUUCCUCCUGUACAAAAUUCUGAUGCUGUAUCUUUUCCUUGUGAGAUCGCCAUUCCAAGCACAUCUGAUUCUUCAUUUGGUAUGGAUAUGUUCAAAAGAAUGCUUCAGACUGGCACCCCAGGCAUGCUUAGCUGAUGAAUGAUAUCGAGUCUGUGCCAUCAUACAGCUGGCAUUGGUAAGGUGCUCAUUUCCAAAUGGUUUGUGCUUUUGCCAUGCAACAAGUCAAAACGUCGAAGUUAAAGAAAUGUCUGGAAAUCAAUUUGCAGAGCUCAACUAUAAAUAACAUUGGCAGAUACUGUCUUACCAUUCAACAUAUUUGUAUAUCAGAAGAAGUUUGAAAUUGGAAAUGUCAGGAUUACAAGUGCCUUGGCAUAGUAAUUUACUAAUUUAUUAUGAAUAAGGAUUUAGGAAGGCAAAAUUCAAGCAUGUACAGUUUUUACAAUUUUAUUGCUGUGAAGUAGCUUAUUGAGAUUAGAAUAAAUCAUUUUUAUCUUAUAAUCCUUGAAGGGGAUGAAUUUGUAAAUAAUUGAACUUUAAAAUUUCAAUUGUAUAUUUCAAAAUUAUUCUGAAAGGAGAAUAUUCUACUGGAAUUUAAAAACUUA